CCUUCCGGUGCGCCCGCGGCGGCGGCCGGGGAAGAUGGAGACCAUCCUGGAGCAGCAGCGGCGGUACCACGAGGAGAAGGAGCGGCUCAUGGACGUCAUGGCCAAGGAGAUGCUCACCAAGAAGUCCACGCUUCGGGACCAGAUCAACUCGGAUCACCGCACCCGGGCGAUGCAGGAUAGAUACAUGGAAGUCAGCGGGAACCUGAGAGACCUGUACGACGAUAAGGAUGGGUUACGGAAGGAGGAACUCAGUGCCAUUUCCGGACCAAACGAAUUUGCGGAGUUCUAUAACAGGCUCAAGCAGAUAAAGGAAUUCCACCGAAAGCACCCGAACGAGAUCUGUGUGCCCAUGUCGGUGGAAUUUGAGGAGCUCCUGAAAGCCAGAGAGAAUGCCAGCGAAGAAGCUCAGAAUCUGGUGGAGUUCACCGACGAAGAAGGGUACGGACGCUACCUGGACCUUCACGAUUGCUACCUGAAGUACAUUAACCUAAAAGCCUCCGAGAAACUGGAUUACAUCACUUACCUGUCCAUCUUCGACCAGCUGUUCGAUAUUCCGAAGGAGAGGAAAAACACAGACUAUAAAAGAUACCUAGAGAUGCUUCUCGAGUACCUCCAGGACUACACAGACAGGGUGAAACCUUUGCAGGACCAGAACGAGCUGUUUGGAAAGAUUCAGAACGAAUUUGAGAAAAAGUGGGACAACGGCACGUUUCCCGGUUGGCCGAAAGAGACAAGCAGUGCCCUGACCCAUGCUGGAGCCCAUCUGGACCUGUCCGCCUUCUCCUCCUGGGAGGAGUUGGCCUCUCUGGGGCUGGACAGAUUAAAAUCUGCUCUGUUGGCUUUAGGGCUGAAAUGUGGCGGGACGCUAGAGGAACGAGCCCAGAGGCUCUUCAGCACGAAAGGCAAGUCCUUGGAAUCCCUGGACUCAUCUCUGUUUGCCAAGAAUCCCAAGUCCAAGGGUACGAAGAGGGACACCGAAAGAAACAAAGACAUCGCUUUCCUGGAAGCUCAGAUCUACGAAUACGUAGAGCUCCUCGGGGAGCAGAGGCACCUCACCCACGAGAACGUGCAGCGCAAGCAGGCACGGACAGGAGAGGAGCGAGAAGAGGAGGAGGAGGAGCAGAUCAGCGAAAGCGAAAGCGAGGACGAAGAGAACGAGAUCAUAUACAACCCCAAAAACCUGCCACUCGGCUGGGACGGCAAACCCAUCCCUUACUGGCUUUAUAAACUGCACGGCCUGAACAUCAACUACAACUGCGAGAUCUGCGGGAACUACACCUACCGGGGACCCAAGGCCUUCCAGCGGCACUUUGCGGAGUGGCGCCAUGCCCAUGGCAUGCGGUGCCUGGGCAUCCCGAACACCGCCCACUUUGCCAACGUGACGCAGAUCGAAGAUGCCGUGUCCCUGUGGGCCAAGCUGAAGUUGCAGAAAGCCUCUGAGCGGUGGCAGCCGGACACGGAGGAGGAGUACGAGGACUCCAGUGGGAACGUGGUGAAUAAGAAGACGUACGAGGACUUGAAACGUCAAGGACUGCUUUAGUGUCCGUGAGGAGGCUGAGGAGGCCUGGCUUCAUUUGACCGGACUGGGGGCUCCCAGCGUUUCCCUUCCCACAGGAGCACACAUUUCCAAGGACUCUUUGCUACAUAGUCUAAUUUUCUAGCGGGCACCUCGAGGAGACCGGAGCCGCUGACGUGUAAAGGGGUCAGGACGUACAUUUUAACUUGGUUUUCUAUUAAAAAGGAUUCAGCAGGAAAA